UCAUAAAUUCUCGCAUGCCCGCCCCUGUUUCUCUCGUUGUUCGCUUCUCAAGAUGAUGGCGUUUGACGGCGUUCACGGGGCGCCGCGCCGCGGCAUCCGUACUUGUGAGACGAAGUUGACGUCAUCAGCGCGUGCGCGCCGCGUUGGGACGGCACUGCAGAAGCAGGCGAGUUCGCGAAUGUAUCGAUUUUGCGAUCGUGCCUCUCUCACGGUGCCAGUGCGUCCGUCGUUUCCUUUAGUUUUUUAGUGGACGUACACGUUGUACAUGGAUAAAACCGUGAAUGGGAUUACCCGCUAGACACGUCGCUCCGUACACCGCCCGCUGACUCGCAAUUCCUCGUCAUCCUUCACCAUGACCAAGGAUAGAUUAGCAGCCCUCGUCGCGGCCCAGUCGGACGAUGACGAUGUGGCGGACGAUGUGUCCGUCAACGUCGGGGCGCCGGAUGACUUCAUGACGGAAUUUUUCGCGGAGGUGGAGGAGAUCCGCGAAAUGAUAGACAGGAUCCAGACAAACGUGGAAGAUGUGAAGAAAAAGCACAGCGCCAUUCUCUCCGCGCCGCAGACCGAUGAGAAGGUGAAACUAGAACUGGAAGACCUGAUGUCCGACAUUAAGAAAACCGCUAACAAAGUGAGGGCUAAAUUAAAGGUGAUAGAGCAAAACAUCGAGCAAGAGGAGCACACCAAUAAAUCGUCAGCAGAUCUAAGGAUACGCAAAACUCAGCACUCGACGUUGUCUAGGAAGUUCGUCGAGGUGAUGACGGAAUAUAAUCGAACACAAACCGAUUAUAGAGAGCGGUGUAAGGGAAGAAUACAACGACAGCUCGAGAUCACGGGGAGAACAACCACCAACGAGGAACUUGAGGAGAUGCUGGAACAAGGAAAUCCAGCCGUUUUCACGCAAGGGAUCAUUAUGGAAACGCAACAAGCAAAACAAACCCUUGCGGACAUCGAGGCGCGUCACGCUGACAUCAUUAAACUCGAAAACUCCAUCAGGGAGUUGCACGACAUGUUUAUGGACAUGGCUAUGUUAGUAGAAAGUCAGGGUGAAAUGAUGGACAGCAUUGAGUACUGCGUGAAUCAGACCGGCGACCACGUCGGCCAGGCCCGGGGCGAGCUGAUUAAAGCCGAAGAAUACCGAUCCAAGGCUCGUAAGAAAUUGUUCCUGAUAUCGAUCUGCGUUACGAUAGCAGUCAUCAUUCUGAUUAUCAUUUUGGCAGUUAGUUUAAGUUAGCUUAAGCAUGCGUACGCGACGUUGACGAUAGAAAAAAAGAAAUAAACACAUUCGCAGAGUAAGUUUAACGGAAUGAAGGGGAAAAAAUAGAACAAAUCGGGACGGGACAAGUAUUUUGAAUUGCCGAAAUAUUCAUCAUUCUUAUCUCGUCUCUCCAACGGCAAACCAGAAUCGAAUAACGAAGAUUGACGCGGAUCACGUCCAUCUUAAAUCUUCGGGAAAUUCGGACAGCGCGAUACGCAUCACCGAUCUCGAGGUACUGUCUACGCAAGAUCGUUAAGUUUAUUUAUUAUUAAAUUUUAAUAAAUUUUAUGUGUUUAUACGCGCGUUUAGCCGUAAAGAAUUUACGUUGUAUUUUCAUGAUUACUCUAAUCGCGGGUUAACCAAUUGUGUAUCGAAUGUAAUGGUGAUCAGAAUUCAUCGUGCGGAUGUAAUUUCCCGGAAAAACGCCUCGAUGGACAUCGCAAAUGUCAUAACGCCAGAGUAGAAGUUAAGAACGGUGAUAAAACGUGGGCUAUAAGUCUGGGUUACACGAAGAACAAACUAUCACUUAGCGAAGAUUGCAAUUAAGUUCCUCCUAUUGCGCCUCAAUACGUUGGAAAACGCGUAAAACCGCGAUAUUAAUUUUUAUUACAUUCUUUCGAAGAAACUAUGUAUAUCUUACCGAUUGCGAGAAGAAAUCAAUACAAGAAUUUGUAUAAACUUGCAGAGCGACGGUUCUUGAAAUUAAAAAAGAAUAC